AUGCAUGAGGGCACACAUGAGAACCACGAUUUGGAGGCAAUUACGACUGUGCCCACCAAUUCAGCACCCUACUCUGUAUUCAGCAAGAAACAAAAAUACUUCAUCGUGUUCUUAGCGGCAUGGGGAGGCUUCUUCUCACCCCUCAGCGCGAACAUCUAUUUUCCCGCCUUGACACAACUAGCUGCCGAGUACAAUGUAUCGAGUACCCUCAUGAACUUGACCCUCACAUCGUACUUGAUCUUUCAGGGACUGGCUCCAACCUUCUUUGGGGACUUUGCUGAUAUGGCUGGACGAAGACCAGCUUACAUCAUUGGGUUUAUCAUAUACAUCGGUGCCAACAUUGGUCUUGCCCUUCAAAACUCCUACGCGGCCUUGUUCGUUCUCAGGUGUGUCCAGAGUACCGGUAGCAGCGCCACUAUAGCCCUCGGAAAUGGAGUCGUUGCUGAUGUCGCCACGAGCUCUGAACGUGGUACCUGGAUGGGCUAUGUUACGAGCGGACCCAUGAUUGCUCCGGCAAUUGCCCCAAUAAUAGGAGGUCUACUCUCAGAGUUCCUGGGCUGGCGAGCCAUCUUUUGGUUCCUCGUCAUCAUGGCCGGCGUCUACAUGGUACCGCUCAUCCUGAUCUUCCCUGAGACAGGCCGUAACGUCGUCGGGAAUGGAAGCAUACCACCACAGAGCUUCAACAUGUCGCUACUCAACUACCUCAAAGUCCGCAAGACUCGCAAGGCACACCGAGAGAAUGAACUCACCCGAGCAGUGUCACGAGAUGAACAACAGGCGUUGGCCCGUAAGAGGAAGCUUCGUAUCCCGAAUCCACUCGGGACGCUGAAGGUCAUUGGACAGAAAGAUGCUGGGUUACUCUUGUUCUACAAUAGUCUUGUAUACACGGCAUUCUACACCGUCAUCUCCUCCGCACCCUACCUUUUCGAGGAAAUCUACGGCUUCAACGACCUGCAGAUCGGUCUGUCAUUCAUCCCUUUCGGCGUUGGCGCCAUGAUCGCUCCCAUGACAGCCGGAAAACUGAUGGACUGGAACUACCGCCGCGUCGCGAAGAAAAGCGGCCUCCGCAUCGACAAGAAGAGAGGCGAAGACCUGAAGGACUUCCCGCUUGAACAGGCCCGGCUUUACAUCGCCCUGCCCAUGCUUAUAAUAGGGACACUAGUCAUCCUCUGCUACGGCUGGGUUCUACAGGUCGAGCCUUCGCUGGCGGCGCCUCUGGUCAUGCACUUCUUCCUCGGUCUUUGUCUUACUGGCGCGUUUAAUUGUAUGAGCGUCAUGCUUGUCGACUAUUACCCUCUCAGUCCUGCGACUGCCACCGCAGCGAACAAUCUCGUGAGGUGCUUUAUGGGCGCGGGAGGCACAGCUGUCAUUACGAUGAUGAUCGAUGCGAUGGGAAGAGGAUGGUGUUUCACGUUCGUUGCUGGGGUCAUCGCCUUUUUCAGUCCUAUCCUGUGGGUAUUGAUGAGAUGGGGCCCCAAGUGGCGGGAAGAGCGUAGGUUGAAGAUAGAAGCGCAAAAGAAUGCAGGAUGGUGA